AGGAAGGCUCUGGCCAUGACGCCAUAGGAUUAACCCUCUCCCCGCCCGGCCAGUUGCAGUCCCCAAAGGGGUAGAAGACUGCAAGCUGACUGGUCUGGAGAGGAUGGGGUGGCGCUAAGCCUGGAGACCCCGGCAGAAUCUGUGGUUGGAGGCUUGGACAGGUUGGCACCCCCGCCGGGCCUUUGAUCGUCCUGGGACGGCCACCGCACGCUGCGUAGAUGUCCUUGGCAUCAACUUGCGGACCCGUCCAGGAGGUCAAUCGGAAGCCUCCGGCUAGUGGCGAGAGGGAACCCAGGUGUCCGGGCAGUGGGCGCUGAGGGAGUUGGAGAUGUGCAUCUAGAGAGGCACCGCGACCCUUGCCACCUGUCUCUCCACCCACACACCGAGAUCCUCUCCACCCAUCCUGGCCCCACCCACGCUGCCUUGGGAGUCGCUCAAAAGUAGGGCCCCAAGGCUCAGAGCAGCUGGGUAUGGGUACCGAAAAUGAAAGUCCAGAGCCGGACUGCCAGAAACAGUUCCAGGCCGCAGUCAGCGUCAUUCAGAACCUGCCUAAGAACGGCUCUUACCGCCCCUCCUAUAAAGAGAUGCUGCGAUUCUACAGCUACUACAAGCAGGCUACCAUGGGGCCCUGCCUGGUCCCCCAGCCUGGGUUCUGGGACCCUAUUGGACGUUAUAAAUGCUCUCUGUCCCCCAGGGAUGCCUGGAACAGCCUGGGAAAGAUGAGCAGGGAGCAGGCCAUGUCCGCCUACAUCACUGAAAUGAAGCUGGUGGCCCAGAGGGUAGGGAGAGGCUGCGGACUCCUCUCUGUGACCAAGCUCUCAGCCAGGUGGCCUGCCCCCCACCCUUCCAGUCUGACCCCCAUUAUGUUUCCUGCACGUUGCUACCCCUAUGGGAAUUACCACCUUCAUGCUGUUCCCCCAGCCCUGCCUGUCUCUGGUUCCCGACUGGGCACAAGGUGGGGAGGUAUGACAGGGCAGAAGCAGGGUGGAGGCAGCCCAGCUCAAGGGGGCAGUGGUGGGAGGGGCCAGCCCUUCCCCAUUAGACCCCCUCCUGCACAGGUGAUCGACACGGUGCCCCUGGGCGAGGUGGCAGAGGACAUGUUUGGUUACUUCGAGCCCCUGUACCAGGUGAUCCCUGACAUGCCGAGGCCCCCCGAGACCUUCCUGAAAAGGGUCACAGGUUGGAAAGAGCAGGUACUGAAUGGAGAUGCUGAGCCUGCCCCAGAGCCUCCCUGCCUUCCCAAGGAACCAGCAACCCCAAGCCCAGAGUCCCAGCCACCCAGGGACCAGGACUCUGAGGUUUUCUGUGAUUCCAUGGAGCAGCUGGAGCCUGAGCUGCAGGUUUGGGCAGAGACGGGCGCCCUGGGAGGAGAGCUCAACACCAGAAACAGCACCGAGUCUCCUGCAGAGAAAGGGGGAUUGGAAAGCACCCUGCUGGGGCCCCAGGAAUUGGACACAUGGCUGGUGGGGACAGUUCGGGCGCUGCAGGAGAGCAUGCGGGACGUCCAGGGGAGACUGCAGAGCCUGGAGAGCAUGGCUGUCCCCUGCAAGCAGAGGCCUCCGCCCCGUGCCAGGCCUUGGCCCCUCAGGCUCUCUGCUCCCACGCUGCUCUUCUUCCUCCUGUGGCCCUUCAUCGUCCAGUGGCUCUUCCGACAGUUUCGGACCCAGAAGAGGUGACUCUCAAUGGACGAGUCUGCAGCCAACGGAGGAGACUCUGAGCCUUCCUAGAGUUUAGGAGAACGGCGUUAAACCCGGCUCCCACCCCCUUCCUGCCGCAAUUAGUGUUUGCCUUGGCACCCCUCCCCUAAUGGGGAGCCGGAUAAGACCCCACUCUUCCUGCAGCUCCACAGGAACUCCCCUCCUCGCACCCCCAACCACCUCAGCCUCCCUGGGGAGGCUGCACGUGUGGUGCACGUCCACAGUUCAGGGUUGGCAGCUGAUUCAGGGGCAGAGCUGCCGGGUCUCAGCCUCUGCCUUCCCCACCCUCUGGGUCACCUGACUCCUUUCCCACCCCAGCCUCUCCCCGAGGAGGCUCAGCUUGUGGGCAAGUUGGGACUUGGGCCGGGGCCUGGAAGAAUGAUUGGCUGGGAGGCCCGACCGAGCUGGGGAAAGGCGGAGAGAGCUAACCCCGGGGGAGGGGAGUCUGCUCCGUUUUCCUGGCCGCCCUACCCCCACAUAUACUCAGGACGUCUUCACUAAACAUUAACUUACAAAAGAGUGUUUCACUAAAUAAAAUAAAACCUUCAUCUUC